UUGCACAUACACAAUAGCUUCAACUAAACCUGUACCAGCUGUUCUGUGUGCAGGCAAAGACUUUCAUUAGCCUGUGCCAUAAGAGAUUGUAGCUGGAAUGUACAUUGGCUUAAAUGUGCAAAAAUCAGUUAGUGGCAGAAAUAAGAAAAAGCUUUUUUGGAUUUUCAAAUACUCUGCAGGAACGAGUGCACCGAGAAAUAGAUGGAUGCCAGUGCUAUUAUUUGAUGCCAAUGCGACAGGAUUUGAGAGAAGCGUAAUAGUACAUUGUGGCCCUAUGUGGGAGAGUGUAUACAGGAAUAAUUACACUAUUAACUAAAGCUGAGGGUUCAGGGCACACUACACCAUUGUAGUGUGGAGUGACGAUAAAUGAGUUCCUGUCUGAUACACACUACAAAAUAACAAAAUAUACAGAUGGGGACCACAGAGGCCACUCUGCGCAUGGAAAAUGUGGAUGUAGAAGUGAAAGAGGAAUGGCAAGAUGAAGACUUCCCCAGGCCCCUUCCUGAAGAUACAGGAAUGGACAGUCUCAGCAGUCCACUUGAAGAUGACUUUACUUCCUCUCCUCCGAACACGUUAAAUAUUAGUUCAUCCCAUAGCAAGAGGAAGACCCUGGUAGCCCCAGAAAUUAACAUAUCUCUUGACCAGAGUGAGGUUUCUGUGCUAUCUGAUGACUUCCUGGAUACUCCUGAUGAUCUAGACAUUAAUAUAGAUGAUAUUGAGACACCAGAUGAAACAGAUUCUUUGGAAUUUGUGGCCAAUGGAAAUGAGCUUGAAUGGGAAGAUGACACACCAGUUGCAAGUGCAAAGAACAUGCCUGGGGAUAAUGCUGAUCUUUUUGGUGAUGGAGUUGGUGAAGAAGGUGGAACCACUAAUGGACGCAUGUGGCGGACUGUGAUAAUUGGAGCGCAAGAAAAUCGUAUCGACCUGCAAAUGAUUAAACCAUAUAGGAAGGUAGUGACACAUAGAGGUAAUUAUGGUGAAGGUCUCAAUGCUAUUAUAGUGUUUGCAGCCUGUUGUCUACCAGAUAGCAACUGUCCUGAUUACCAUUACAUCAUGGAAAAUCUCUUUCUUUAUGUCAUAAGCAGUUUGGAGCUGCUGGUUGCUGAGGAUUAUAUGAUUGUUUACCUAAAUGGGGCUACGCCACGAAGAAGGAUGCCUGGAAUAGGAUGGCUAAAGAAAUGCUAUCAGAUGAUUGACAGGAGAUUAAGGAAAAACCUAAAAUCUUUGAUUAUCGUCCAUCCUUCUUGGUUUAUCAGAACAGUGCUGGCUAUCUCCAGACCUUUUAUCAGCGUGAAAUUUAUAAAUAAGAUCCAUUAUGUUCACAGUUUAGAGGACCUAGAGCAAAUAAUUCCCAUGGAGAACAUACAUAUCCCUGAUUGUGUUUUGCAAUAUGACGAAGAAAGAAUGAAAGCCAAAAGAGAGAGGUCAGAGGAGAAGCAAGAGAUUGCAGUACCAGACAGCAUGCAGCCAAACGAAAAUGUCUCUUGUAAUUGAAACCCUGAACUAAAUGGAGUUCUAUCAAUAAUAUACCUUCCUUGACAUCUUUUGCUGGAUGAAAACAUAUGGCUUCCAGAGGACAUAUUGCUUAUAAAAACAUUGGUCAGCUCUAGGAGUUAUUGUCUGAAAAAGACUUGAGCAUCAAAACCACUUGUUUAUGAUAAGACUGUAUGUUGUUCUUCGUCUUUUAAAAUAAAAAAAUUGUCAAAGUGAUAAAGUUCACUCUUCAGGUAUUA